AUGCUCCCCGUCACCCGCCCAGCGACAGCCGCCGCCGCGCAGCUGGUCGCCCGCCGCGCGUUCACGACCACGCGCGCCCGUCUCUCCUCGCCGUACCACUACCCCGAGGGCCCGCUGUCCAACCUGCCGUUUAACCCGCGCAAGCGGGGGUUUGCGAUCAAGUAUUGGGGCUUUAUGGCGACUGGGUUUGGGUUGCCUUUUGCUAUUUGUGUCUGGCAGAACAACCACCCGGCCAAAUAA